CUCCUCUCAGCUCAUCCACUCUUCCUCUGGACUCUUGAAGACACAGUGACCUAUCAGCCAGCUGCCAUGAAGACUGCUCUCGUCCUGCUGCUGCUCAUCUCUCUGGCCUGCCACAGCCACGCCCUCAAAUGUCACACAUGCGUGGCGUCCAAUGAGGACGACUGCAACCGACAGGGCUCCACCUCCUGCCCUCAGUACGCUGACGCCUGCUCCACCAUCACAGGACCCAACACUGUGAUGAAGUCGUGCACGUACAAGAGUUUCUGCGACAAGGCUCACGGCAGCAACUCAGGAGCCAAGAUGCAAUGUUGUUUUGGUGACGACUGCAACGGGCCCCACAAGAGCCACAGCCACUGGGACCACCACCACAACAGUGCAGGGGCUCUAGCCUCCAGCCCCGUCCUGCUGAUCACGGCCCUGCUGCUGCACGUGGCCUUCGGUCGGCCGUGAACACCUCCACUUUUCUUCCCCCGCGGUGAUUCAUCAUCUCCUCCUGAUCUGUUUAAUCCAAUCAUUUGCUAUGUUUUCCAACCAUCCACCCCCUCCUCUUCCUCACUGUGGCCCUCAGGGAUUUUUCAUCCAGGUUAACAAAAAAAAGGAUUUGAGUGGUGGAGAGUUUCAAGCAGUUUAAGACAGAAAAGUAUGUUUCUGAUGACUGCACUGGUGCAGUGAAGGUCUGACCCAUAAAUACAAGCUUCAAUUCAACGCCUUUUUUUGUGUCUUUUUUAAAUCAUCAUCAAAAUCUUGAAUCGCAACCUCAUUAUCUAUUAUGGUAUGUUCACUUUGAGCUGAUGUAAAGCUAUAAAUGCAUACAAAGUGAAGUGCACCUACCCAUGACCCAUGUGGUUUGGUAGGUGCUGGGGUGCCUCAGUGGGUAGCAUAGUGCACAGCAUGCUUGACACCAUAGAACCACAUUAUUCACCUGUGUUGUUGUCAUGGGGACCAGAAUGGAAACUCUGAGUAUUUUAACCCCACAGUCUCAGCAAAAUGUUGUGGUCAUGGUGUGUUUAGCGCUCUGAUUGUUCGUUGUUGUUUUUUU